UCAACAAAGAAAGAGAAAUAUCGACCGCAUAGAUUUUCAAUUUGCUGCAUAAACAUGACAAACUUAAGGAGGUUUACAAUUAUGUUAAUUUCUACAGUCUUUCUGUGUCGGAAUUUUCUCCCUGUACAAGGGCGAGGGUUGAUGUUGCUGUACCGGCCCCGAGACAUUAGCAACGACUGCAUUUUGUCACAUCAUCUCAGAUACGACAUAUCUUUCGGAAUGGGAAUGGCAGAUACUCUCACUUUGGUAUUAAGAACACAGUCAGAAUUAGAUUACCAGUGCAUAAUAGAAAUUGUGACCGAUAUAGACAUUCAUCUCAUAGUCGUUAUUCGGUUUCCCAAUGACAUUGGUAACAACUGCUUACUAAAUCAGAAUGUUCUAACUAUUUUCAAUAGAAAUAUUUGUCAAACAAUCUGCGAAGUUAUCGGCACUAGAGAAAUUUUCACACCCUAUUUCAUAAUGUCUACUAGACGACAAGUGAAGCUGCAUUUUAUGAGCAAUAGCAGCAUCAAUUCUGAAUUAAAUGCCACACAGUAUCAAAUUACUGCCACCGCUGCUCGUUUAAAGCCUCCAAAAGGCUGUGCCAAAGACAACGAGACCUUGUGCACGACCCUGCAGGAUGAGUUUUGCUUCACCAGCGGCGUUGUGUGUGAUGGCAUCAAAAAUUGUGGAGUACCUGAUUGGUUUGACGAACGGAAGUCUGACUGUGGUAUGCCAGAAGAAAGGCUUAGUUACGCGCCAGUCAUUGCAGUAAUGGCCGCUGUUCUCUGCGCCCUGAUGAUAGUCAGCCAUUUUAUGUCCCGAUGUCUACCACCGCUCACCAACACUUUCUUCAUAUUUAACACCAAUGAAGAUAACAGACUUUGCAUAGACCCUGUACUGAUCCCUCCGGAUGAAGUCCCGCUGGAUAAGAUUGUACUGAAAAAAACUUCCAUAAUACCGGUUCCAAGUACAUCCAGUAGUUCCGAAGUUGAAAUUGGAAAAAAGGAAAUAAUAUUCGCACAUAUUGAUGAUGAGCAUGAGAACCAAGAUGUAAGUUCUGACCCUAUGGAAACAGGAUGUACGGAAGAAAGUUUUAGAAGGAUCACAGUUCGAACAGUUUCUGCAAAAAUUCAAGAAAAGCUGCGAUCAUUGAAAAAGAAAUAAAAUCUUCUAAAAUUAGUCGUAAAAGUACUACUAAAUAAUUUGGGACCUUUUUAUAAAAGGCAUUAACAUAAAUAGUAAAAAUUUUUUGAAAAAAAUAAUUAAUUAUCAAAAACCUGCAUUUAUAUUAUUUUUCUAUUAUUAAAAUUAGCUGUUUCAGGAAACCCGUCUUAUCUCAAGUAGGUACCUACCUACCUACUAAACUGAGUGGAUGUCGAUUAUGUAUGUAGUAGAUACGUCAUGUGGUUACUUUUAAGUGUAUUUUUGAUUAUUGAAUGAUGAUUGAAAUCUUUUAAUAAACAAAUUGUAAUCGCGAGGCUGUUGUAUUAGUUCGUAUCGAAACUGAAGGUAUCGUUAUACCUAUGUAAAUAAUGAGUCAAAGAAAAUAUUAAUGUUUAUUAGUGUAAUAUUUAUACAAAUUAAUUGAAGAUGCCUACCGCAAAUCCUAAUUA